AUGGCUGAAUCAUCAUCUGCAAAGCGUGCAAGAUUUGAAAAACAAGGACAUGCGUCGCUCACAACACUUCCAUCUGAUUUAGGAUUGGAGAUUUUGGGUAGGGUAGCGUCCCAUUCGAUCAAAGACAUAUCAAACGUCAAGUUAACUUGCAAGGAAUUACUCCAUCUUGCAGAGCAUGACUCUGUAUAUAAAAAAUCCUCCUUAGAGAAGUUUGCAUGUGUGCAUGUGAAUUUGGUUAACAAGGAAAAGCCGUUUUCUCAUCGUGUGGACAAUAGAUGUGACAACGGACACGAAGAUCAAUAUAUUGGAACACUUUACAACUUUGUAUAUUCGCCAGAAGAAAUCUAUAGCAUGUACCGACAAGCAUUGUUCUUGAGACGUUGCAGGAAAAGUGGCAACCCAGAACUUUUGUACCGUGACGGAAUGGUAAUAUUUUUCCAACAAAAUUGUUGUUCUUUCAGGGAAAAUCUUGCUCUUCAAAAUUUGAAAAAUGCUGCACUAACGGAUCACAUUGAUGCCAAGUACGUGUAUUGCACGCUGUUGAUGGUUAGUGAAGAUAAGGAGAAACGAAAUCAUGGACUUGAGAUGUUUUGUUCACUGAAAAUGACCAUCGAUUUAGAUGAUUGCAAGCAGAGGGUGAGAUCCUUUCUGCGAGGUAUGUGGGUGCGAAGAAAAGUGGUUCCAAUUCAUGACUUUUCUUUUUGCAAUUCCACCAUAUGCAAAGCAUUAAAUGUUGUUAACAACUUGGACGAUCGUGAGAUUACAUGUGAGUAUUGUCAUGCCGAUGCUGAACUGAAAGAAUUUUGUAAUAUCUAG